UGUAGAGUCAAGGAAUCCCGAGUUGAAUAUCUCGAGUAGAAUGUUCCUGUCGAAUGGCUUUCCCAUUCUACCAAGCUUCCAGAAAUUGUCCAAGAAUUAUUUCAGCACGGAAGCCGAGAGCACGGAUCUCAGUGCCCAGGGAGCCAACAAGGUGAACCAGUGGAUAUCGAAGACGACGAAGGGAAGGAUCGAUGAUCUCAUAGAUCCUUCCAUGCUGGACGAUGGUGCCAAGGUUAUCCUGGCAAAUGCCGUCAGCUUCGAGGCCUUUUUGAGGUUGAACUCUGUCGAGAGCACUUUUUACUUGCCGGAUGAGAAGCGAUCGGUUAAGGUGAAAAUGAUUGACAUAGUGGGAGAAUUCCCGUACAGAUUUCAAAGUGCACUAGAUUCGCACAUUGUGACGCUGCCCUACGAAGGGUCAUCUUUAUCCCUGGCCAUCAUUGUGCCCAGAACUUUCCGGGGCAUCGGCAAUCUGGAGGACAAUCUGGAGCAUCUCGACCUGGACGAAAUGAGUUUGAGAAGAGUUCACAUCACCCUGCCCAAGUUCAAGAUAAAAUACGAGCAAGAUAUGGCCCAACCACUGAUAGAUCUCGGUUUAAAGAGUAUUUUCAACCAUGCCAAUCUCUCCGAUCUCACCAAAGCCAAGGAAACGUUGAGGGUCGACAGCAUUGCACACUUGGUUUCUAUUCAGGUGACUGAAAUAGGAGCCACAGGUUCAGCAGCCACAGAUACUGAAGUUGCGCGAACGAGGAGAAGGGCCGUACAGAUGCCUUGCAAUCGUCCCUUCCUGUUUGCCAUCGUAGAGGAUACUAAAAUACUAUUCUUUGGGCGUUUGAGUCGACCCGAAUGGAAUUAAUUGGCUAUUAUACUGUACGAUAAUGCAAUAAAUUAGCUGUGAACAGAGGCAAAUCGAUGUCAUUUCA